UUUUUUUUCUGCAAUCGAGCGAGCGGAGGCGGCGCGACGGGUGGAAAGGCGGCUUCUGCUUUUUUAUUUUUUUGCCUGGGGGUGUUCGGGGCCGCUCGAGAGCGGGGCGGAGGAAGGCAAAGCCAAGCCCCCUGCGCGGGUUUCUGGUGGCCCGCUUGAGUGGAGCAGCCGCGUCGGUCCCGGUCCAGCUGGCGUGGGUCCUCCCGAGGUGGGGAGAAGUUGUGAGAACGGAUCCGGGCCACACACCCCCUCUCCCUCGUCGGGAGCCUCGCAGCCCCUUAAAAACCUGCAGAUUUUCGGCAGCAGAAGCUUUGGGCGACGAGAAGCCCAAUUCAUCACGUGCAUAGAAGGAAGCUGAACCUUUGGUAAAGAUGCUGCAUACAAAGGUGAAAACAGAAAAGCCAGAUCUGGAGACAGCCAAUGCUCGAACGCGACUUGAAGCUGUGCUCCAGUGCCUGCUGGAGAAAACCGAUGUUGACCGAGAACAAAUGGAAGAGGAUUCCGGGAAGGCACCAUCUGAUGCCCUCAGCAAGGACUCUUCUCCCACUGCCACAGGAAAGAGGCCCUCCACCCGAUUUCCCCAUCACCGCCGCAAGAAAAGGAAAGAGGCGGAUGAAGGACUUGCUGAGGGGGGGCAGCAGAAACAGAAUACUUAUGUCAUCAAGCUGUUUGACCGGAGUGUGGACCUGGCUCAGUUCUCUGAGAAUACGCCACUCUACCCCAUAUGUCGCGCAUGGAUGCGGAACAGUCCCACAGUCCGGGAGCAAGAGAGAUCCCCCAGCCCUAAUCUGCCCGCCCUUCCUGAGGAUGAGGAGGGAGCUGAGGGACUGAAUGGAAAAGCCCAGGAUGUCUUCAGGCUGCCACCUCCAACCACCUCCCAGACCAAUGCCGCAGGGGAACCCAUUAACCUCCGCGUCCCUGCUCCGCUGGAGCCCGAAGAGGAUGCAAAAGCAGCUCUAGACAUGUUCCUCCCGACUGAGGCUUCUGAGGCAGUGCCGUCCAUGUCCACCCUCAUCUUCAAAAACAUGGAGCGAUGGAAGAAGAUCCGGCAGAGGUGGAAAGAGGCUUCACACAAGAAUCAACUACGAUAUGCAGAGAGUAUGAAGAUCCUGAAGGAGAUGUAUGAGCGGCAGUGAGGGAAGCGGCUUCCCCGUCUGGAAGCAGCUGAACUUGUCUUGUAGCCCUUUUGCUCUGUAGGGUCUCUUGUGCCUAGUGUCCUUUUAUGAUGUGGGUCGACAUCAUUUGCUUUUGUGCAGCAAUAAAUGCCAUAUUUGGAGUAUC